AACUGGUUGCGUUGCGUUUGGCGGUUAUAUAUUUCUCUCUCUCGCUCUUUGGCUCUAGCAGACUGGUGGGGGAAAUGGGUGGCUCAGAAGACUCAAAGCCGGGGCCAGAGGUGGUAGAGCUGAAGCCAAUCGAAGCGACUCCGGCGAGCUUCCAGGAGUACGGUCAAGUCAUCGAGGCUUCCCCUGACGGCGCCGAGUUCGGACCUCAAGAUGCUCAACUAGACCUCAGCCGUGGCAUUCCCAGGUUUUACAUUAUGCAACUUGAAAACCGACCACUGAAGUUCUCUACAAUCACACAUCACGCAAGUGUGAGCCAAUGCCUUGGUUCGGUCGGAGGUCAUGCGUGGUAUCUUGGGGUUGCUAAGCCGUCCAUUGUGGACGACAGUGGAGAAGUUAAGGAUGACAGUGGCAGGAACAUUGUGCGGUCUCCUUGUGGGCAUUUCUAUGUGCCUCCUGUUGUUGAGGAUGUCCGAGUUUUCAGAGUUGUGGGCUCCAAAUUCCUCAAGCUGAAUCGAGGGACAUGGCAUGCCGGGCCGCUGUUCAAGGCUGAUGCCAAUCAUGCCAUGGACUUCUACAAUUUAGAAUUGAGCAACACCAAUGUGGUUGAUCACACGACACACAGCUUCAUCCACAAGAAUGGAGUGAUCUUUUCGAUCAAUGACUAGUGUCUGCUUUUGUUUCAACGUCUGCUGCUGCUACUCUUACUACAAAUUAUGUGUAUGAUAAUAUGAAUUCUCACAAAUCUGGAUAUCUCAGCUCGCAAAUGUAAUCAUCUUCUUUCUCAUUUAUACGUGCAUAUACUGUGAUUUCAUUUUUCAUAUGGGUUCUAGAACCCUUCUAGCCAAAUGAAAGAAAAAAUUUCUUCUA